AUGGGGAAAGAAGAAAGUCGUUCAGUAAGGAGCGACAAACACUAUUCAAAAAGAGAAAAUCAAGAAGAUUAUAAUCGUCAUCAUCAAGGUCACACCUCCAGUUUCUAUCCCAAGACAAUAAGACCAAAGAGUAACACUAAACAUAAUAACACUAACAAUCAAUUUAUUGAAUUAAAAAAUUUAUUAGUUAAUAAAGAUCAGAAGAUUUCUAAUUUAGAAAAUGAAAUUAAUGAAAUAAGACGCUCUAGAUACAAUUUAACUUCUGAUGAUAGGAAGGAUAAAUAUGGUUAUACUAGUAAAUUUCUUACUAAAAGACCAGGAAGUUCUGUAAAAUUUCGUUUACACGAUUUAUCAAAUGUAGAAAGUCCAAAUUAUAGUGACGACGACAACAAUAAAGAAGAACAAGAUAUAAAUAAUCAAAAAGUAUUGGAUAAUAUAACUAGAAGUUGUAAUAUAUCUCCAAAGGCAAAGUCAAAAACAGAAUCUCUAAGAACAGAAACUUCAUUAGCUACGACAAAUUCUACCCAAGUACACAGAAAUAAUGCUUUUUUUAAAGUUGUCAUUGUUCCAUUUUUACAAAAAAUAAUUAAACAAUUUACUUCUAGUUUAGUCUUUAAAACUAAAGCAACCGAAAUAUAUCAAAGGUUUAUUGAAAUGAUGGAUGUUGACUUCAACGAUUAUAAUAAAUUCAACUUAUUACAUGACAUCCUAGAAGAUUUUUCGUUUUUACACAUGCAACAUAUUGGUUUACUAAAUAAAGAAAUUCAAUAUGAAAAGGCUUCACAAGUAAUGAUUCAAAAAUAUAAUACUAAUAACAACCUAAAUAAAUCAUUUAGUAGAGGAAACUUUGAAAAUUACGAUAAUCAGGAUAGAACUAUUCCAAGAACUUCUGAUAAUGUAUUGAAUUCACAAUAUGGAUACCAGUAUAUGGAAACACCCAAUUUACAAAAUAGGGUAUUUUGUACUAAUAAUAUACAGAGAGAACCAUAUAAUUAUUCACCAUCAAGAAAGUCAUUUAUCCCACAAAAUCAUCAAAGUUACGAUUUUCCUUACAGUAAUCAAUAUGAUUUGAACCAAACAACUAGUAGUACUGCUGCAGAUAUUCUACAAAGAGACAAUAUUCUUAACAAUAUUAACCGCUCAAGACUUGAUCAUACAUGUGACGAUGUUUAUUCAAAUACUCCACCCCAGAUGGUAUCAAUACGGAAUGCAAGAGAUAAUAUACCUUCACCAAUAGAAAAGAGAUUUAAUAAAUUUAAUCUAAAACAUAAUAAUUCUAAAAAUCCUCCCCACUCGCAUAUGUCCCAAUCAAACGUUCCAUAUAAUCUGAACAAGGAAAAUAUGUAG